AACUUGAUUGAUUUCUAGUUUGAGGAUGCAUAAAAACCUAUAGAGAGUUUUAUGCUUAUGUUCAAUCAAAAAGUAUAAUUUGCUUUGUUUAGUGAUUUCAAGAUUUUGUGACUGUUGUGAGAAUUUUGUUAUCCACAAAUCUUGUUGGAGAAUAAGGAGGAGGAUCAACAUGUAGGUUUAUGGGUAAAAAAAAAGGGGAUUUCGCGAAGAGGAUGGUAAAGAAAACGAGAAAAAGGACUCAAUUGAAGAAAUUAAAAGUUGGAGGGGUGAAGUUCAUCAAAAUGAAUUUACAAACCCAAACCCAAAACCCGUUUAACCCAAACCCAAAAAAAAAAAAAAAGAAGAAGAAGAAGAAGGUGUCUGAACCUUCUCUUUCCCCAUCAAUUUGUUUUUUUUUUCCCGAAACCAACCCGCGCCCUGCGCCUCACCCCGGCCGUGCCCCGCGCCUCGCGCCCGGGCCCCUGCCCCGUGCCCUGCGACCCGACGACCCUGCGCCCCUACGCUCCUACGCCCUACAUCCUUGCCCCAGAUCCCCUGCUUGCUGCGCCUGCACGCUUCUGCUCCUACACUCGGCGCCCAGCGCCUGCACUUUCCCUUUUGCGCCCUUACGCCCCCUGCGGCACCGAGUCUGCACCCCGAUCACUCCCAGAUUCCCUUGCUCUGCGCCCCCUGCUGCGUUGACCUUGCUACUGCACCUUCGUCCUUGCAGCCAACCGAGCAUGAGACAAACCUGUAAGAUGACAUCACACUCCAGCUUUCUUGGCUGUUCUGCAGGGCCAGUUUUGGCCUCACCCGAUCAACGGUGGAAGGAAAAAGAAGAAAAAUUGAAGGGUUUGGAUGAGGAGUGAAGGAGGGAGUUUGGGUUUUGUUUGAGGGGGUAUAAAUAGGAAGGACCGGUAAAGAGAAGGAGAGUUCUCUUGGUUGUUCUUUUCAGUCUGAGUUUGGGAUUGCCAGAGGUGAUAGCAAGAGAAAGGAGAUUGUUAAGCUCUUAAAGGAGUGUGUUUUUGGAAGCUGCGUUUCUGGAUUUAUCUUUGCUUUAGGUAUUUUUCUUCAACAGAGGAGUUCUUCCGGGGAGGCAGUGAGGGGAAUGAUCUGGGCUUGAUCCCGUGGGUGUGAUCCCCCAGAUCGGACUCUGAUCUGUUACCCAGAAAGCUCCACCGUGUUUGUUUCUUUUAUCCUCCUGUUUCUGAUAUCUGCUUUCAUGAUGUUAAGUUUGUAUAUGUUUUCCUGAAAAUGAAUGAGAAUCUAAGUU